UGGCAUUCAAACUUUGAGUAGCAGAGCAAGGACUACAGGAAAGCGAGCAACAGCAGCACUUUUAAGAGUUUUUCACAAACCUACUGAAGGGAUUUCCUCAGCUCAAGUUUACACAGCCCCGAAGUAGAGUUAGCUUGGAUAUUCCGUCUUCUUUUUUUCUUAUAAAUUGUUACUCUCGGGACGAUGAUGUUCACCGCUUUCAAUACGGAGUGCGACUCUUCCUCACGCUGCAGCACGGCUUCCCCGUCUGGGGACAAUUUGGGAUACUACCCGUCACCACCAGGAUCUUAUUCCAGCUUGGGAUCUCCCCAGUCUCAGGAAUUCACUGAUCUGUCAGCAUCAAGUGCCUCCUUCAUCCCCACCGUCACAGCUAUUUCAGCAAGCCCGGAUCUGCAGUGGAUGGUCCAGCCUUUGGUCUCCUCAGUGGCCCCCUCUCACAGGGCUCACCCAUACACCUCGAGGCCCAGCCCGGCAUACCCCAGAUCAACCAUGAAGUCUGCAACAACCAGACCUCACAUUUCUACCAAGAGGGGCAGAGUUGAACAGAUUUCUCCCGAGGAGGAAGAGAAGAGAAGAAUUCGCAGAUUGAGGAACAAGCAGGCAGCAGCUAAAUGCCGCAACAGGAGGCGAGAGCUUACAGACACCCUGCAAGCUGAAACUGAUAUGCUGGAGGAUGAGAAGUCCACCCUGCAGAAUGACAUUGCCAACCUGCUGAAGGAGAAGGAAAGGCUCGAGUUCAUUCUGGCGGCCCACCAGCCUAUCUGCAAGAUCCCUUCAGAACUGGACACAGACUUCCCCAUGCCCUGCCUCUCCACCGCCGUCACUUCCACAAUCACUUCCAGCCGGCCAACUUUCACCUCAGCCUCCAACUCCAUCUUCUCCAGCACCAGCUCCGUGCCCUCCGCCGCCGCAGUCUCAGACAGCACGGUUAAGAUGGCAGACCUGGAGGCCUCUGUUCUCGAGGAGUCCCUAAACCUUCUGGAAAAGACGGAGAUGGAGACGGCACGCUCGGUCCCCGAGGUCGACCUGUCCAGCACCCUCUAUCCAGGCCAGGACUGGGAGCCCCUUCACACCUCAACCAGCAGCAAUGACUUUGAGCCCCUGUGUACGCCUGUGGUGACCUGCACCCCGGCAUGCACCACCUACACGUCUUCUUUCGCCUUUACCUUCCCAGAGGCUGAGACCUUCCCCACCUGCGGCAUCGCACACAGGAGAGGAAGCAACAGCAACGAUCAGUCCUCUGACUCUCUCAGCUCACCAACCCUGCUGGCCCUUUAGAGACUCUUCCAAAAAUGAACUUUCUUCCUAGAAGCACAUUUUCUUGAAUAUGUGACAGAUGUGCAGAUUACAGGGCUAUGGAGCAGACUUGUACCAGGAAGCAAAUUAUAUUUAUGAUUUUAUCUGCCUUUAUGUAUAGCUACUUGCCUAUUACACCAAUGUAGCAAGUUAUUAAGCAUGUUUCAACUAAUACCACUUAGUCGUUCUACAAGUUCCUUAUAUGAUUUCAUGGUGCUAGAUUUUAAAAAAAAGUUUAUUGUUAUGUGCUGAGAGCAAUAGUUAUUAUUUGACCAAAUUUGUUUUUUUGAAAGUUAAGAGUAUUUGUGAACUGUUUGUGAAACUUAAAACAAAACAAAAAACAACUGGUGUGCUUUGUCUGAACCAUGGUCUGAGUGGUCUAUAAAACUAUAAUAUGGAGUUUUCUGUGAAAACACUUGUCCUUUUAAUUUAUUAAAUUUUAUUUUUUUAGCGUACUGACGAAUGUUGUUUGUAAGACAUGUGAAUAAAAAAAUAGAGAUAUUUAAAUUCA